AAUACAGUGACCUAUAAUGAUGUGCAUGUCAACAUCACUCAGGAAGAGUGGGCAUUGAUGGAUCCGUCACAGAAGAAUCUCUACAAAGAUGUGAUGCUGGAGACCUAUAUGAACCUCAUUGCUAUAGGUAAUACUGCUACAAUUGGGAAGAUCUUAAAGUUGAAGAACAUUGUCAAAGUUCUCAAAAACAUGGAAGGCAUGAAAAAACACUUACUGGAGAGAAAUCCUAUGAAUAUAAUCAUUGUGGUAAAGCCUUUGCACAACACAGUCAUCUUCACAGGCAUAAAAGAACACAUACUGGAAAGAAACCCUAUGAAUGUAAACAAUGUGGUAAAGCCUUUGCAAAGCACAAAUAUCUUAAAGUACAUAAAAGAACACAUACUGGAGAGAAACCCUAUGAAUGUAAACAAUGUGGUAAAGCCUUUGCACAUCACAAUUCUCUUCAAGUACAUAAAAGAACACAUACUGGAGAGAAACCCUAUGAAUGUAAACAAUGUGGUAAAGCCUUUGCACAUCACAAUUCUCUUCAAGUACAUAAAAGAACACGUAAUGGACAGAAACCCUAUGAAUGUAAACAAUGUGAUAAAGCCUUUGCACGUUCCAGUCAUCUUCAAGUACAUAAAAGAACACAUACUGGAGAGAAACCCUAUGAAUGUAAACAAUGUGGUAAAGCCUUUGCACAGCACAAUUCUCUUCAAAUUCAUAAAAGAACACAUACUGGAGAGAAACCCUAUGAAUGUAAACAAUGUGGUAAAGCCUUUGCACAUCACAGUUCUCCUCAAAUACAUAAAGGAACACAUAAUGGAGAGAAACCCUAUGAAUGUAAAGAAUGUGGUAAAGCCUUUGCACGUCACAAUUCUCUUCAAGUACAUAAAAGAACACACACUGGAGAGAAACCCUAUUAAUAGAAACCCUAUGAAUGUUAUCAAUGUGGUAAAGCCUUUACAAAGCACUGUCAUGUUCAAGUACAUAAAAGAACACAUGCUGGAGAGAAACCCUAUGAAGGUAAUCAGUGUGGUAAAGUCUUUUCACAUUCCAGACAUGUUCAAGUACAUAAAAGAACACAUACUGGAGAGAAACCCUAUGAAUGUAAACAAUGUGGUAAAGCCUUUGCACAUCACAAUUCUCUUCAAGUACAUAAAAGAACACAUAAUGGAGAGAAACCCUAUGAAUGUAAACAAUGUGAUAAAGCCUUUGCACGUUCCAGUCAUCUUCAAGUACAUAAAAGAACACAUACUGGAUAGAAACUCUAGAAUACAAACAAUGUGGUAA